AUGUACAAAUCAGCAGCUAAGUUUUCAAAAGGUCUAAGAAUUGAUUCUAAGUGGCUAUCUUCAACUAGCAAAGUAAGUGGCUAUGCAAUUACUUGUCCUGGGCAAGGAAUAAUUAAAGAUGGAUUAUUGGUCCCGUAUGCAAAAUUUCAGCAUCAUUUUCAAGAAAGUCUUGAGAUCAUCGAUGAGAGUUUGAACGAGAAGUUUAGUGAGAAAUUGUUGAAUAACCAAGAUGGGUUCGGGAAACAAUGGCUCAUACACACAUCUAACGCGCAACCAGCGAUAUUGGCAACAACAUACAUUAUAUGUGAGAUAGUACGCAAGGAAUAUGGAAUCGAUUUACCCCGGAAUGAAAAGGUUCAGUUUUUAUUGGGUCAUUCGUUAGGUGAAUAUACAGCUCUUUUACUUUCUGGAGUGUUAGAUUUGACUGGAGCAAUAAAACUAGUACGAGAAAGAGGACGGUUGAUGGAAGAAUUAGUUAGCAGCGACGACUAUUCGAUGGUAGCAUUGAUGUUUAAGCCAAGUUACUUUAGCGAAAUUAUGCUCAAGAGUAAGGAAAUGGAAGUGCUAGCAAAUGUCAACUCAUACCAGCAAAUAGUCUUGUCCGGCAAGCUGUCGAAAAUCGAUGAGACCAUAAAAGCAAUAAAUAACGAAUCAAAAAAAAUUUUGAAAACAGUCAAAUUGCCUGUCAAGAUCCCCUUUCACAACUCGAUAUUACAUGAAAUAGAGCCUAAGUUACUACAAUUGGCAACACCUAUACAAAAGCCUACUAAACCCAUAAUUUCAAAUUUGCAAGGUGAGGUAUCUGCAGAUCCACUUUUGAGCACGAUAAGAGCAAAUUCGCAACCUGUUCAAUGGACAAAGUCAAUGGAAUAUCUAGUAAGAAAUAAUAUAACCGACAUUAUAAAUUUAGGCCCUGGAGAUGUAUUGAAGGGACUUAAUUCGAAAUUCAAGGUUAGAAACCAUAGUGUUGAAUCUGUGGAGUCUAUGAACGAGUUACGAAAUUUAUUUUAA